CUCAUUGCAUCGGUGCACGUACGGAUCGCAAGUGGUAUCACCUGGCUCAGCUUGUUAUCCAGAAGCUCGGAAGCUGCCGGAAAAUCUUAUUCGCGAGGUCACUAGCGGUACACCAGUAAGCCUUCGUUACGGGGUAUCCAGCGCGGAUCCACCGCACCUUCCCAUCUACAUCCUGCCUAGGUCUUCCCCCAUCUGCUUUCUCUUGAAGGCGUAGUGCGGCUCCUUUAGCAUCUUCAUCAAAAGUAACGGCGGCAUACAUCAAAAUGGCGCCCGGAUUGGCAGCAGGCGGCAAGCACAAGGAAUCCGCAAAUGCGCGUAUCCUGGGCUCUGGUGUCUCAGGCAUUGCAGAGCUGUUUGUCUUCCAUCCGGUAGACACUGUCGCUAAGAGGUUGAUGAGCAACAAGGUCAAGGGUGCACAGAUCACCGAUGUUAUCUUUAAAGAAAAGGCAUCGGCGCCGGCGGGAGCCAAGUUCCUCUCACUCUUCCCCGGCCUCGGCUACGCAGCGGGUUACAAGGUUCUGCAGCGGGUGUACAAGUUUGGCGGGCAACCAUACGCAAAUGACUAUCUUACCAACAACCACAAGGCGUGGUUCACACGGACAUUCGGCGAGCGCAACGGCAAGUCGCUCAUGUCUGCCACAGCCGGCUCGCUGAUUGGGAUCGGAGAGAUAGUUCUGCUGCCGCUGGACGUGCUCAAGAUCAAGCGCCAGACCAACCCUGAAGCCUUCCGAUCGCGAGGCUUCUUGCGCAUCGUCGCUGACGAGGGCUUUGCGCUGUACCGCGGCUGGGGAUGGACCGCCGCGCGCAACGCGCCUGGCUCGUUCGCCCUCUUUGGCGGCAGCGCGUUCACCAAGGAGUACAUGUUCGGCUUGAAGGACUUCAACAACGCAACGUGGGGGCAGAACUUUGUCGCCUCCAUUGGUGGCGCGGUCGCAUCGAUCACCGUCGCAGCGCCACUGGACGUCGUCAAGACGCGCAUCCAGAAUGCCAACUUUGAGGCCAACCAGAGUGGCGUGACCAUCAUUAAAGACAUGGUCAAGCACGAGGGUAUGGGUGCCUUCUUCAAGGGCCUUACCCCGAAGAUCCUCGUCGUCGGGCCAAAGCUCGUGUUCAGCUUCACGCUCGCACAGACACUCAUUCCGUUCUUUGGCCAAUACAUUUAAAGCCGAGAAUGCUGCUCGGUCGAGGUCGCGGAUAGUAGGCCCGUGACUCCUCACUUUCCGGCCGCGAGUUGCGUCAUGGAAUCACACGACGCAUCGACGCGUCUGGUAUAUGCCACCACUCUCCGCCUUCUCUCUCGCCCUCCCAGUCUCUCAUACCGCACAGGUCAUUGACGAUCCAUGCUUGCAUCAAAACCUUCAGCUGGGCAAGCGGCACAGGUACAUGCUCCGCACGGUCGCUUUGCGAGAGCUCACAUAGACUUCUUGUACGUUACCGCUCCUUUUAAAAAGUGAGACUCCGCGUCCCAAUGCGCACGGCCCCCAAGGUUGGUGCGAAAGGUGCGCCAGCGAGCAUGUCGAUGUUCGCGUGUCUUUAAUGAAGCAACAACAAGCGUCAAGCCGCAAUCAUGAAACCCU